UAAAAGACACACAGAGAGAGAGAGAGAGAGAGAGAGAGAGAGAGACAGAGAGAGAGAGAGAGAGAGAGAGAGAGCAUUAUCAGAGAGUGCUUAACCACUGUUGACUGUCGGCAGUGUCACUGCUCCUUUGAGCUUUUGGCAGUAGAGGCACCUCCACUCACCCGCUCCACACACACGGCGGCAACACGCUGACUGAACCUCCUCCACUUCAGCUCAAACUCCACUUCAGCGGACUACUUCAACAGGAUGGCUGCUUAUCUGCCUUUUCUCUGGUGGUUUCAAGAGCUUUUCUAAAAGUUCAAAUGUUUUUCCCCCAUCUCUCUUGGACCAGUUUUAACUCAGAAUAAAAGGGACUUUUUGUUUUCUUACCUCCUACAUCUGCAGUUCAGAUGUGUGGAACAUGGCAUAUAUGUUUGCUUCAAAUGCUACAGGACAGCUGGAUAUGCACGUUUUUUUCAGCAUGACUGAAGAAUAUAUGAAAAGGAAUUGAUGCUGUUGUUCAAGAUUUGGAGAUACGGUGGUAUAAAAUGCAAGAUUAAAUACAUUAUCGUCAUGGUAUCUCAAUCACUUCUUUGAAGAUCGAAUAGACGUUUUGAGCACCUAGCUAUGUCUUUUUGCUGCUGCUUGUUUCUGAUAUCCAGUUUGAAAAAUUGCAUAUCUUGAUCUCUGAAUACUGAAACAUGGAUAAUCUGACAAACAGCACUCAAUUACUCACUGCGAAGCCAACAACUGAACAUCCUGAGGAGUUUCAUCUGUUCAUCAUGGUCAUGAUGAUCAUCAUCGUCAUGAUUAUCGUCGUGGGUAACCUUCUGGUCAUCAUCUCCAUAGCACGAACCUCCCAUCUGCAGACCACGACCAAUCUCUUCAUCAUGUCGUUGGCAUGUGCUGACCUCAUAAUGGGGGUGCUGGUGGUGCCACUGGGUGCCACGAUUGCUGUGACAGAGAAAUGGCAACUUAAUAACACCUGGUGUGAUUUAUGGACAUCGGUUGAUGUUUUAUGUGUCACCGCCAGUAUAGAGACCCUUUGCAUCAUUGCGGUGGAUCGGUAUAUUGCGAUCACACGGCCACUGCGGUAUAAAGUGCUCCUGAAUAAGUGCAGGGCUCGAAUUAUUGUUUGUGUUGUGUGGCUGGUCUCAGCUCUUGUCUCCUUCGUACCCAUUAUGAACCACUGGCAUGCUAUGGAUGAUUUGGGACAAAAUAUAACAGAAGUGAAACGUCUCACAGAAAAAGAAAAGAGCUGUGAUUUUGAAUCAAACAUAGGCUUUACUAUAAUUUCAUCAGUGGUUUCGUUCUACAUCCCACUACUCAUCAUGAUUUUUGUCUAUGCUCGUGUCUUUCUCAUUGCCACAAGACAAGUACAGCUAAUUGACAAGAACCGUCUGAGGUUCCAAAAUGAGUGCAUGGGAAAUCAGGUACAGACGGCGAUUCAUGGCAACAACAACUUGCCUUCGAUGUGCAAUAACGUUGGAGGGACAAUGGCAAGGCGGAAAAGUUCCCGCAGGCGGCCGUCGAGAUUAACCGUUGUGAAGGAGCACAAGGCCCUCAAGACACUGGGCAUUAUCAUGGGCAUCUUCACACUGUGUUGGCUGCCUUUCUUCGUGGUGAACAUCAUCAGAGUCUUUGAGCCAAAUGUGCUGCACGUGAAAUUUUUUCGUUUCUUAAACUGGUUAGGCUACAUCAACUCCGGCCUCAAUCCUAUCAUCUACUGCCGAAGCCCAGAGUUUCGUGCAGCCUUCAAGAAUCUUCUUGGCUGUCCCUGGAUACCCUCGCUGAGAAUGAACUUCCUUUACAAGGAGCUUCGGACUCGAUGCCCCUGUUUCCUUGGGUCUGUAGAGUCAGGAAUGCCUGGACCGUUCCAGAAGCCCCCCACAUCAGCAUCAGCAGGGACACUGCCUGGGGAAGGGAGCAGCCAGAGCAGCUACAGGAGCGAGGAGCCGUCGCCGGGACCACCACACUCCAAUGGCAGCACAUUCUUCAGUGAUUUCUCCGAACCGGAGACAGAGUUCUGUAACCUAGAAGAGCAGGAUGGCUGAGAGUCUCUAGUAUGGCUGAAAGAAAAGGACGCUGAGGAAGAAACAGGGAAAAGGACUGACUUACAUCACAGUUGGCAGGACUUCCCCAGCAGAGACCACAAUGGCCCAGCAAAACAUCCAUGAAGCCAUCAGGGGAGUCUGCUCCAAAAAUGAAAGACAGAAGGGUGCAAAGAUAUAACCAUAGAGAGGCAAGUGCUGAGAGAACUUUCUCACAAACAACCCGUCUAUGGAGAGAACGACUGAACUGGUACUGCUCAUGGAGGAGUGUAAUGGCGAGGAGUACUGGAGCGAUCCACUUCAGCCCGGUUUGGUCUAGUUUGUUUGGCAAAAAAACUAAUCAGACCUGUAGGUCCUCCAACAUGUGUUUCAGUGCUAUGUUCUGAGUAUGGACUUCUUCAAAAACAUGGACACAAUAACUCUGAAUAGACUUUCCAAACACAGUGUUUUUUUUGUUUUGUUUUUUUUGUUUUUUAAAUAUGAAAAGUUUAGAUUUUGUACAAUAUCCUAUACUAAAUUAUUAUUAUUUAUUUUACUCCCCACAUUUUAGCUGUGAAUGUGUAAAAUGCCUACCACAUUAAUAUUUCUGUGUUGUAUAGGUUCAGUAGUCCACUGAUUUUUCCCAGUCCAGCUCAAUAUAAGCUACAAGAUUUCCCGCUCUUACAUCCAUCUACACAGCAAUCAAACCUGAACUCUCCCGAGAACGUUGAGAGCGGAUAGACAGCUUCACCAAUUUGAAUGGGAUUGUUCAAAUAUGGUUGCUGUGUAAAACAGUGUAAACUGUUGUAAAAAGUAGAGGAAGGCCAAUUCUUCGCUCACUCAAAAUUAGGGAUGCGUGAUAUUAAAAUUCUGGUUGAUACUGAUAAACCAGAUGAAUAGCCAAUGUUACAUUCUACACUUUUUUGUGUAAAUAAAUAAAAACUAAAAUUAAUUGUAAAAUUAUAAUAUAUAAUAUGAAAAAAAAAAAUCGAUAUUCAUUUUGAGAUUCUCUAAAGAUUAAAUUGCUGUGUUGGUAAAUUGUUACUGUAUUUAAAGUUAACUUUAAAUGAGUGUUAGAUGACGGCAAAGGUAAAAAUGUAUACGCGAUUAUAUAUCUAAUACCAAUAAAUUAAAAAAUAUAAACAUCUAAUAUCAUCCGAUAAUCAAUAUAUCAUGCAUCCCUGCUCAAAAAAAUCAUUUUUAACUUUGACCCUCAUCAGAUUUAUCUGUUUUGCUGGCUCAUGUUCGUUCAAUGCUGCUAUUUUUCAGUCUAUUUUGGAAAUUCAAAAAAAAAAAAAAAAAAAAAGAAAAAGAAAAAAAAGCUUUACACUCCUCCAACCAUUACAAUAUACAGGACUCUACGCACAAUUGUUUUUGUUUUUAUUUUUUUAUUAUUAUUUUAGGCCUACAAGAUAAGCAAGCACCUGAACCUCAUAUUCUAGAAUGUAUUUUUGACAUAGGGAACACAUUCACCUAUUUGUUGUAUAAUAUCACUUUCUAUGCUUAAUGUGAUACUUGCCAAAAAAUCUAGUUUUUGAAUUUUUCCUGUUUGCACAGAUCACAAUGCCAUCUCAUACCAAGUCGAAACAGACCACCUCCUCUUUCACUGAUUUUCUCUGUAACGGCUUAAAUUACAGUUGAUCAAAAAGUAUUCCUAGCAAGGAUUAGACAGUUAUGGCAACUUUAGCACGAUAAUAUCCAAUGAUGGAGUUUUAACAGGACAAAUAUGAGAACAGGAUUUUAGGUACAUUAGUUUUUUUUGGUUUUAUUUCAGGUUUUUGAUCAGGUACAGUGGUAGAGAUAAAUGUAUUAUUUAAGUGAGAUUACAAAGGGAAACCAAAAAUGCUAUGUCAGAUGAAUACUUAUUGAUAUUAAAUACAUUUUAAACAAGCACAUCGGCCUACCUUUCAAACUCUGUAUAUAAAAUUGUGUGUAUUUGUUUGUAUGUGGGGUAAAAGAAUGUUUGCGCCGACAGAAAUGCUCAAAAUUAUGAAAUAAAAAAAAUCUCUUAAAGAUAUUA